UUGUGGAGAUCUACGAAACAAUGGAUAUUUUAAAAGCAGAAAUUGCAAGAAAAAGGAAACUUUUGGAAGAACAGAAACUAGUGGAUGAGAAGAAAAAGUACUUUAAACGGGGCGAUCUUCUCGCGCAUGAGGAGAGUGAGUAUUUGGAGAAAAGUGGCUAUAACAAAGCGGACCGCACUCGUGCAAACAGUGCCGGGGAUGCAAAGGAUGGUGGCGCAGCCGUCGACGAGGACGCCAAGUAUGAUUUCCGCAAACUGCCCCGCUCGGAAGUGAUCCGGAAGCUACGUGAACGAGGCGAACCGAUCCUGUUGUACGGUGAAACGGAACAAGAAUCCUGCCAUCGGUUGCGUCAGUUGGAAAUUUCGGCCCCCGAGAUCAACCGAGGGUUCCGCAACGAUUUUCAGGAAGCGAUGGAGCAGGUGGACGAAGCGUAUCUUAAUGAAAUCCUUACCUCCAACGGGCAAGGAUCUGGUAUCAUGGGCAUGGGAAAGGCGAAGAACUCAAACGAAGACUACGAUUUGGACGACAGCGUGACGUAUGAAUCGAUUCAGCAAAUGGCGGUACGGUUAGGACGCAGCGGUAAAGACCACGACUGUGACGUGAUAAUGACCCUGAUCCAGUUUCUGCUGAAGAUCUGGAACGACCAGCUUAGCUCGGUCACUGCGGCAGAGCGGAUGGCCACGAAGGGUAAAAUUGCGCGAGCCACGUUCGAGCAGACGCGGCUGUACCUGCGGCCGUUGCUGCGUAAGUUGAAAAACAAAACCAUCCCGGAGGACAUCCUCGACAGCUUGACGGACAUCACGAAGAGUUUACUGAAGCGUGAUUAUAUCCAUGCCAGCGACGCGUACCUAACGAUGGCGAUCGGUAACGCACCAUGGCCGAUCGGUGUGACUAUGGUGGGCAUUCACGCGCGUACCGGACGUGAGAAGAUUUUUUCGAAAAACGUGGCCCACGUCAUGAACGACGAAACCCAGCGCAAAUACAUUCAGGGCCUAAAGCGGUUGAUGACGAAGAUGCAGGACUACUUUCCAACCGAUCCGUCCCGGUGCGUCGAGUAUGUAAGCAAGAAGGACAGGCAAGAUUGAACGCC